AGCUUCCCCGAUUCGAGCUCUAAAUUGGAACGGUUUUGGCUUCCAUGGCGGUGGCGUCGGUUCCAUUGAGGGCGGAAGUACUCUCCUUGCUCCGAUCGCUCCUGAAAACGGCGAGAAAGUUCGGCGACUACAACAUCAGGGAGUACGCGAGGAGGAGGGCGGUCGACGGGUUCCGCGAGAACAAGGAACUCUCAGAUCCGUCCGCGAUCGCCGCGGCUUUCGCCGAGGGGACGUCUCAGCUCGAGGUCGCGAAGCGGCAGGCGUCUGUGUACACCUUGUACGCUCCCAGUGCAAAGAGCGUCAUGGAGGUGAGGAGCUUAUGACGCCUCCGAUCCACAGGUAC